AUGAACCCGAACUUUCAACCGGGUAACCAAAGCGGUUCAUCGUAUCAAAAUCGCCAAGGCGGUAACCAAGGGGGUUAUCAACGUAAUUACAAUCAAGGGUACCAAGGUCGGGACAACAAUCACCAAGGAGGGUACCGAAGGAAUUACAAUAAUCAAGGCGGUAAUGGAAGCGGGUCAAACAACCAAGGGGGUGGUAAUGAUUUGAAUGCAAAGAUGAAUGCGAUGCUUUCGAUGAUGCAAGAAUCCAAGAAGGAUAAUGAGAUUCAAGACAAAGCACAUGAGGCAUUAGCAAAACAAGUGGGUCAACUAGCGGAAGAACUGUCCCAGAUAAAGGGAAGCAUGGGGAAGCUUCCAACCAUGUUUCGAGGAAGCAAGAAAGCAAAGACUUCCGGUAAAGGUUCAUCUUCGGGAGCCGGCUCGGGCUCCGGGGUAUAUCAAAGACGUUGGGAACAACUUAGUAACGUAGAAGAGGGCGAUGGGCAACUUGAAAGACAAGAUUGA